AUGGUAUUCUGAUUAAGGCUUAUUGGUAAAAUGAAUGAUUUGAAUGGAGCUUUCAGAAUGUUUGAAGAGAUGAAACAAAAGAAAAUACCAAUCAAUGAUGUCACAUAUGGAUGUUUGGUAGAUGCUUGUGUUAGAAAUGAUAGAUUAGAUUAAGCACUUUAAUUCAUUGAAUAAAUGAAAUCUCAAAACCUACCAAUCAACACUGUCUUAUAUACAACGAUCAUCAAAGGAUUUUGUAAGUUGAAUUAGACUGAAGAGGCUAUGAAAUAUUUCAGUCUAAUGAAAUAAAAUUAAAGAACAUAUCCAAAUCUUAUAACUUACAAUUCACUCUUAGAUGGAUUAGUUAAAAAUGGAUUGAUGAAUUAAGCAGAUAAAUUAUUCCAAGAAUUAGUAGAAUCAACAAUCAAGCCAGAUCUAAUUACAUUUAGUACUCUAUUGAAAGGACAUUGCAGAAGAGGCAACAUGAAGAGAUUGAAUGAAACUGUGUAGACUAUGCUACACUACCAGAUCAAUCCUGAUGAAUCACUAUUACAAUUGAUUCUAGAAUCUUGCUUAAAUCAAUAAUAGUAUCACAACGGGGUUCAAAUUUAUGAUUAAUUCCAACAUCAAAUUCCUCAAUCAACACAACUAUUAUUGAUCAUUAUUAGAUUACAUAGUCAAGAUAAGCAAUUAUCAUCAGCAAUCCCAUUGUUAAAUAGACUCUAUCAAUUGUUAGAUGAAAGUAGAAUAUAACACUAGCAAUUGGAAACCACCAUCAAUUCCUUAUUGAUCCAUCCACUUGAUGAGCAGACUUAUCCAAUAAUCACCAAAAUAGUGACUUUAGCAUUGAAAUCAGAUAUCAACGUGGACAAUCUAGAUAAUCUAGUCUCUGUAGACAAUUCAGAGUUAAUGCUCUUAUUGUAGAAUACCAACUAGUUACCAUGCACUAAGUUAUCACAAAUCCUCAAUUAAUUGCCAGUUCAAGAUUAGUAAUUGUGCAGAGCAUACAUUUCAAAGAACAAUAAGAAUGAUUUGAAAGAACCUUUGAAUGAGUAGUUUGGUUAAGUGUUUUUGUAGUGUAACAGCCAUAGCAACAACAAUCAGAACAAGAAAACCAAACCAUAAGAGAGAUCAUCCCCGUUUAAUAAUGAAAACAAGGAGAACGUGUAUCAUCCAAAGAAACAGUAUAACAAUUAUGCCAAAAAUGACUUGAAUGAGUACUUGAACAACAAGUCAUAUACCAAGAGAAGAUGA